UUUCAUAACACCAUUAACUCUGUGUCUCUGUUCACACCUUCGCCUUUCCCCUUGGAUUUUUCGCGCGUUCGGUCCCUUCCCUCACCUACCCUCUUCUUUUAAUUCCCCGUCGUUGAUGCUGGACCGGACUCCCGCUGGAGAAGUGGUCGUGACGGCUACGCCUGAGCCACCGCGGCGGCGGGCUAACGGUAAUAGUAACCCAGCUUCCAAUUCCACUCCUCCCUUUCAUCUUUGAACCACGUGGGGAGAAGGACAAGCAAGUUUGAAGUUCAAGUUGGAACUAUUGAAUUCAUAUCACCCACCUGCCUUUCCCAUAUUCAUUUUAUUAUUAUUAUUAUUAUUAUUUUACAUCGGCAACUUGCUGUUUGGAAGAUAAUCAAAGUUGAAUUAUUCUCAAUAUCUCCCACAUGCCCCUUUUCUCUUUCAACUCUGAUUCAUAUGUCUCGUUUUUGUCAUCAUGGUUUUGGUCAAGUAUAUCCCAUUAAUGCGAUGGCUAUGUCAAUCUCUACGAUUUUAGGAUUGCAAUAAAAAUAUAUCAUCUCCGAUUCUCCCCUGUCCUCCUUCUCACUCGCAUCCAUAAUCCAGUCUGUAACUGAAGCUUGCAAUUGCAUAUCCAUGGCGUCUUCGCCGUUGUUACUCUUCUUCUUUGCUCUUUGUGCUACUGUUUCCAUCAUCAGCCACCUGAUUGUUUUCUCUGAAGCUCAGAAUUCAACUCAACCCACCACCGAUCCUGCUGAAGCAAGAGCUCUGAAUUCCAUAUUUAGACAAUGGCGUAUAUCGGCGCCAUCAGGGGCUUGGAAUAUAAGUGGGAAUCUGUGCAGUGGGAGGGCGGUCGACACCACCACCACUAUCGAAACUGGUGGAAACCUUAAUCCGUUUAUAAAAUGCGAUUGCUCGGCCAACAAUGGCGCUACUUGCCACAUUACUGAACUGUUCGUUUAUGCAAUAAAUGUUGUUGGUGUACUCCCACCAGAGCUAUGGACGUUAACUUCCCUCACCUUUCUGAAGUUGGAUCAAAAUGUCUUGUCAGGGACGCUGUCUGCAUCUGUUGGUAAUCUCACACAAUUACGAACCUUGAGUCUUGGCAUUAAUGCAUUAUCAGGAGAACUGCCAAAGGAACUUGGAUCUCUUUCUAAUCUGAGACUAUUGGCUUUUGGGUCCAACAAUUUCUCUGGUUCCUUACCAUCAGAGCUUGGGAAUCUUUCUAUGCUAGAGGAACUGUACAUUGAUAGCUCUGGAGUUUCUGGUGAUAUUCCUCAAUCAUUUUCCAGUCUCAGAAACUUGCGUACAGUAUGGGCAUCGGACAAUGAAUUCACUGGCAGAAUACCUGAUUUCAUCGGGAAUUGGUCAAGGCUCACAUCUUUGAGGUUUCAAGGAAACUCUUUUACAGGUCCCAUACCAUCGACAUUUUCAAACCUGACAUCUUUGACUGAGUUGAGAAUAGGUGAUUUAUCCAAUGGGAGCUCUUCAUUGGCAUUCAUCAGUAAUAUGAAAUCUCUAACUCUCCUUGUGUUGAGAAAUAAUAAUAUAUCAGGUUCAAUUCCAUCCAACGUUGGAGAAUUUCAAAGACUUACCCAGCUGGACUUUAGCUUCAACAACUUGACAGGAGAGAUUCCAAGCUCGCUUUUCAAUUUGAGUUUACUGUCACACUUGUUCCUUGGAAAUAACAAGUUAAAUGGGACCAUACCUACACAGAAAAGUGCAUCUCUUCUUAAUAUAGACUUGUCAUAUAAUGAUUUAUCUGGGAGCUUUCCUUCUUGGAUCAAUCAGCCGAACUUACAGCUUAAUUUAGUUGCCAACAACUUUACAAUUGACAGUUCAAGUAACAGUGGUUUGCCAUCUGGAUUGGAUUGUCUUCAACGCAACUUUCCUUGUAAUCGAGGUCGUGGAAUAUAUUCUGAUUUUGGGAUCAAGUGUGGAGGUCCACAGAUAAGAGGUUCAUCUGGGAUUUUGUUUGAAAGGGAAAAUGAGACUCUUGGUCCAGCUACGUACUUUGUUACUGGGACAAAGAGGUGGGCCGUUAGUAAUGCGGGAUACUUUACUGGCUCCAACAAUCCGCGAUACCAAGGCAAUACAUUGUCUCAAUUUCCAAACACCAUUGACACGGAACUUUUUCAGACACAGCGGCUAUCUGCUUCAUCAUUAAGAUACUAUGGACUGGGGCUUGAGAAUGGCAACUACACUGUGAAUCUUCAGUUUGCAGAAAUAGCUAUCCCAAAUUCAAAUACAUGGCAAAGCCGUGGGAGGCGUGUCUUUGAUAUAUAUAUCCAGGGAAAUCGUGUCUUACAGAAUUUUGAUAUUAGAAGGGAGGCAGGUGGGUCUUUCCUUGCUGUUGAAAAGAAAUUUACGGCUCAAGUUACAGAAAACUUCCUGGAAAUUCAUCUUUUUUGGGCGGGGAAAGGUACCUGCUGCAUACCUGAGCAGGGCACUUAUGGGCCUUCUGUUUCAGCCAUCAGUGCUACCCCAGAUUUUGUACCAACUGUCAGUAAUGUACCUCCAAGUACGAAGGAGAAUAGAACAGGCCUAAUUGUAGGGCUCGUUGUUGGUUUAGGAUCUGUUUUCUUUCUGAUUAUUGGUGCAGUUUUCAUUAUUGUCCAGAGAAGGAAAAGGCGCCGUGCCUAUGAAGAUGAAGAGCUCCUAGGAAUAGAUGCUAGACCGUACACAUUUAGUUUUUCUGAACUAAGGGGUGCUACAGAGGACUUCAAUUCAUCCAACAAGCUUGGCGAGGGAGGAUUUGGACCUGUUUACAAGGGAACACUAAGUGAUGGAAGAGUGGUUGCUGUGAAGCAACUUUCUGUUGCAUCCCACCAAGGAAAGAGCCAGUUUGUUGCUGAGAUUGCUACAAUAUCUGCAGUGCAACAUCGUAACCUUGUGAAACUAUAUGGAUGUUGCAUUGAGGCCGAUAAACGUCUCCUUGUUUACGAGUUCCUGGAAAAUAAGAGUCUUGACCAAGCAUUAUUUGAGAAAAGACAUUUGAUUCUUGAUUGGCCAACACGUUUUGACAUAUGCGUGGGUGUAGCAAGAGGUCUCACUUACCUUCACGAGGAAUCAAGACUUCGCAUUGUGCACAGAGAUGUAAAGGCCAGUAACAUUCUGCUUGACGGUGAUCUGACCCCCAAAAUUUCAGAUUUUGGCUUAGCCAAACUUUAUGAUGACAAAAAGACUCAUAUUAGCACCCGUGUUGCUGGGACAAUUGGUUAUCUUGCACCCGAGUAUGCCAUGCGUGGCCACCUGACGGAGAAGGCUGAUGUCUUUGGAUUUGGCGUUGUGGCUCUAGAACUUGUCAGUGGAAGGCCAAAUUCAGAUCCGAGCUUAGAGCAAGACAAAGUUUAUCUUCUCGAAUGGGCAUGGUACCUCCACGAGAACAACCAGGAACUUGAGAUGGUGGAUUUUGAAUUAUCAGAGUUCAGCGAGGAAGAAGUGAAACGGGUGAUCGGUGUAGCUCUUCUGUGCACUCAAACAUCCCCAGGUCUUCGGCCAUCAAUGUCUCGCGUGGUGGCGAUGCUGACCGGAGACAUUGAAGUGGCCACCGUAACUUCAAAACCAGGAUACUUAACAGACUGGAAAUUUGAUGACAUUACAAGCUUUAUAGAUAAUCCAUCCACUGAAGAACCUGAUACUGGCCGUUAUGCGUCGACAAGUUCGAGUAUCGUUGAUACAAAGCACUCGCCAACUAAUGUUUCUGAACCAAUGCUUCGUGGAUUAUUAGGGGAGGGUAGGUGAACAGGCGUGGUAUUGGCAUAUUUCAUUUUUUAGUUCAAUAUUUACUUUACAUUCCCCCACCUCUGGCUAUUGUAUAUAGCGAUACAACAUUUGUGUCCUGUGGAAACCUCACAUCUGUGAUUAUCAUUUAUGAUUUCAAAUACUUUUGUGCGUGAGUUACAUUUA